UGACGUCACUACUUGCAGGUCAGCCGGCUCGCUGUGUAUGGAUUAAUUAUCAGUAUUCACAAUGAAUAACAAUGAAACGGAGCCAGCCAGCGUAGACGUUGAGAAGGGACCGCCGGAAAUUGAACUAUCGCGGGCCGCGGCAACGAACGGCGCAAAUGGCGCGCUCAGUCGAACUCAAACGGCGCGAACGACAAGGACCAGCGAUCGGGUUAAGCUAGCGUUUUUGUACGUGCUUCAGUUCACCGGUGUUGGGGCUUCGAUCGCGGCCAUCGUGCUCAUUUGGUACUACAUGGGUUGGGAGUUUGGAUUGCCUUCGCUUCUGAUCACCCUAGCCGCGGUUUUCAUCGCCAGCGGCUGGUGGCGAUGGUGGUACAUCGCGCUCGUGACCGCCCCGCGGGAUAUCAAAGCACUGGGAAGGUACAUCAAGCUGCUGCGGUUGGUGAAACGCCACGCAAGGAACAAUGCCAGCAUCGGCGAUGUAUUCUCGGAGUACGUCUCGAAGCAACCGGAGAAGACAUGUUUGGUGUGCGAAGGUCGAUCCUGGACCUUCCGGGAGGUGAAUGACUACGCUAACCGCUUGGCGAACGUGUUCCACUCGCACGGAUACAAAAAUGGCGAUGUCGUAGGCUUGCUGCAGGAGAAUCGUCCCGAGUUUGUCGCCACUUGGCUGGGAUUGUCGAAGUUGGGCGUGAUCGUACCCCUGAUUAACCACAACCUCCGGAAGAAUGCCCUCAUGCACAGCGUGACCGUGGCCAACUGCAAUGCACUGAUCUACGCUGAGGCAUUGGCCGAUGCCGUGACCGAAAUAGUUGAUACGUUGCCGUCUGCGGUAGCGCUGUAUCAGGUGAACGAGGUCGUCCAGAAACCGGUUCUCGCUAACGCCAAAGAUCUGACGACGCUGAUGCAGUCCGCGUCGAAGGAACUGUCCACGAAUGGAAUCAAAAAACCCAACCAUCAUGACAAGCUGAUCUACAUCUACACCUCGGGAACUACCGGACUACCGAAGGCUGCCGUUAUUACUCACUCGAGGUACAUUUUCAUCACUGCCGCAAUUUCGCUGGUGGCCGGCUUCCGAUCGGACGACGUAUUCUAUACACCUCUUCCACUGUACCACACGGCCGGAGGAAUGAUGAGCAUCGGUCAAGCGUUGCUGUUCGGUGCCACCGUCGUAACGCGAAAGAAGUUUUCCGCAUCUCAGUUCUUUGCCGAUUGCCAAAAGUACAACUGCACUAUUGCCCAGUACAUUGGAGAGAUGGCCCGGUACAUUCUUGCUACCCCGGUCUCGGCGACAGACAAGGCCCACAAAGUUCGCCUAAUAUUCGGUAACGGACUCCGUCCACAGAUUUGGCCACAGUUCGUGGAACGGUUCAACAUUCCCCGAGUGGCUGAGUUUUAUGGCGCUACGGAAGGCAACGCAAAUAUCGUGAACAUUGACAAUACGGUCGGAGCGAUUGGAUUCGUGUCCAGAAUUAUUCCGGUUGUGUACCCAAUUUCCAUCAUCCGUGCUGACCCGGCCACUGGUUACAGCGAGCCACUGCGUGAUAAGAACGGUCUCUGUCAGUUGUGUAAGCCGAAUGAGCCUGGUCUGUUCAUUGGAAAGAUCAUUGCGAACAACCCUUCGCGUGCCUUCCUCGGGUACGUCGAUAAAGGUGCAACAGAGAAGAAGAUCGUGCGGGACAUCUUCCGGAAGGGGGACUCCGCCUUUCUUUCCGGCGAUCUGCUGGUAGCGGACGAGCGGGGCAAUCUGUUCUUCAAGGAUCGCACCGGUGACACGUACCGUUGGAAGGGUGAAAACGUGUCUACGAGCGAAGUGGAGGCCGAGGUAAGCAACGCCGUCGGCUAUCGGGAUACGGUGGUGUACGGUGUGGAGGUGCCGAACCUGGAAGGACGAGCCGGUAUGGCCGCCAUCUUGGACCCGGAUCGGCAGGUCGAUCUGGAGCAGUUCGCGCGCACCAUCAAGGAUACUCUUCCAUCGUACGCUCGGCCCCAGUUUGUGCGUUUGCUGUCGAAGGUCGAUAUGACCGGUACGUUUAAGCUGAAGAAACUCGAUCUGCAGGUGGAAGGCUUCGAUCCCAACACUAUUGAAGACGCUCUGUACUACCUUACACCGAAAGGCCAGUACGAGCCACUAACUACGGAAGUGUACGCACAGAUUCAGAGAGGAGAAUUACGACUGUAGAGCUGCUAGGGUGAUAAGGCUGUCCCAAUGUUAUCCCCGUUAGUAUCCGGCAAAGGAAACGACGCGUAACUGUUGUGUUUAAUUUGUUAUAACACUUUAUAUACUGAAGGCUGUUUUCCAUAAGAAUAACUGUGUGACAUUUUCUCUGUUACAAGUCAUCCUCACUCUCGACAAAGAGUGUGCUAAGGCAGGAAUAAAGUUAAACGAAGAAGUAGAUUUUCGAGUAGAUAUUUUCUAAACGAUCUAUUUGUAAUACGGUAUAAUAAGUUGGUGUAAUAUUUAAUGUGGUAAAAGGGUGCUGAGAGAUAAUAUGCAUACUCCUAGAAUACGAAACACUGUAAAGCAUUUUGAAGAGUGCUGCCACAGACGCCGUCUACAAACGAAACAAUAAGACGGAACAGAGACACGAAAGCCGGAUGA